AGGACCAAAGUAAGCUGUCAAACGGUCUUACAGCACCGAAUGUUGGAGAAAUUUACGGAGACUCUUUACAGUUUCCACACCUCAUCUCCCAGUUGAUGUUUCAAGAUUCACAUAUCGGUUCCACUCAAUUGGUUUUUAAGUUCUCAUUCAACAUUCCAACACUCCUGCAACUGGUUUUAAAACAUUUUAGUCCCAACUCUUUGACUCUCUCAAAAUCCUGAUUCCGUCGAAGGCUGAAAUCCUGACUCUGUCACUCUAAAAAUGCUGAAUGCGUCAUUAUAUAACGAAAGGCCGAAAUCCUGACUCUGCAUAAUAGAAGCACCUGAGUCCCGACUCUCUCGAAAUCCUGAUUCCAUCGCUGCAUAACGGAAGCCUGGAGAUGACAUUCUCCAGAUGCACCUUUUCCAUAACAACUCUGCUGACCCUCCUCCACCUCCACUCCACACUUCCAGCCUCUGCACUCUCCCAAUGCCGCACCACCUGCAACAACAACAUCCCCAUCCGCUACCCCUUCAGCAUCGACGACGGCUGCGGCUCCCCCUCCUACCGCCACAUGCUCAACUGCUCCGCCCCUGACCUCUUCUUCCUCACCCCCUCCGGCUCCUACAAAAUCCAAUCCAUAGACUACACCAAACAAACCCUCACCCUCUUCGACCCCGCCAUGUCCACCUGCUCCAUCCUCCAGCCCCACCACGACUUCAUCAUGUCCGACAUUCAGUCCGUCAUAAUGCCACCCUCCCCCGACACCAUCUUCGCCUUACUCAACUGCUCCAUCGAUUCUCCGGUGACAAAUCACUACAAGUCCCUCUGCUUCAACUUCUCCGGCCACUCGUGCGACGAGCUCUACACGGGGUGUACCUCGUUCAGGCUGUUCCAUCUGGCGGUUAAUAGUACAAUGCCGCCCUGUUGUUUCACAAUGUACGAUACUGUGAAGUACAUGAGCAUGAAUAUAUUGGAUUGUACGCAUUAUACGACAAUGUAUAAUACGGAUAAUUUGAAGGGAGUUGCGCCGGUGGAUUGGGUCUACGGGAUGAAGCUGUCGUAUAGCUUGCCUGAGACGGGUUGCGAACGGUGUGGCAAGUCCGGCGGGACGUGUGGAUUUGAUGUAGAGACUCAGGGGAUGCUCUGCAUCUGCUCUGGUAACUCUAAUGCUACUAGAGAAUGUGCUUCAGGUAGUCUUGCGGAGAGCACUGGGGAGAGCCGAAGAUUGUUUCCAAUGUGGCAAGCAUCACAGGCUUUGGUUGUGGGAACAGUAUUACAUGUGUUACUGUGAUUGUCAAACUCAUCUCAGUCCAAUUUAUUUGGCAUCUUCAUUGUCAGUCCAUUAAGUUUGUAGAUCAUCAUAUUAGCAGUCAUGUUAUGUAUGUACUCCGAGAUUCAAAAGAAAUGAAGGAUGAUACUUUGUGACAAUUUGAAA